AUGUUCCGCGCAGCAUCGCGGCGCACCAGCGCCUACACUUCAAACCUCGUCCAAGUACAACGCCCGUCCCUGACUCGGACAAUAUACACCAACAAUGCCCGGCCAACGUCCCAAUUAAAGCCUACGAAUGGCUCCCGGUUCACUCUCGCACAAAUUCCCCGCUCCCGACAUAUCACCUUUGCCCAGCGCGUGCGCCUCCAAUACCGCGAAGCGUCAAAGGGGAUCUUCCGCAAAAACCCCAUCCUCCUCCCACUAGCCGUUGUCGGCGUCGUCAGCGCAAUUGGCACAUUCAUCUACAUCACCUAUGUCGAAGUCACUCGUGUCGGUCCCCAGUACCACAAAUUCCCACCGCCGGUGGCCGAUGCGCUCCGCUCCGCAGUGUACUACACCGAGAUCGACCUGAACCCACCCAAGGCACUACAAUCGUACAAGGAGGCGCUUCGGAUCGGAGUGGAACUGGGCAUGCACCCUUUCUCCGACGAGGUGCUCGGCAUCAAGCUGCAGGUGGCGAUGAUGCUGGAGAAGGCCGGGCUAGUGAAGCCUGCCAUCGAGGUAUUGGAGCGCACGAAGGACGAGGCGCUGAAGUGGGUGGAGCAGGGACAAAGUACGGAGGCUGCUACAGUGGGACCUGCGAAGCCUCAGGCUGUGCAGGAAUCUUCAUCCGUACAGGUCACUGCGGACCAGGUGCAGGUCAAUACCGAGGCGUUGCAGGAUACAGAGAAGGAAUUGCGGGAAAUGCAGGAAUUCGAGGCGCGCCAGCGGGAUCGUGCGCUGAAGAAGGUCGUCGGCAUGCAGAUGAAGCUCGGCGAACUUUACGCUAGUGAUCAUAUCCAGGACGAGAAGAAGGCCGAGGCUGCGCAGGUCGCUGCUGUGGAGCUGUGCUUGAAGGAGAUGCACCGUCGCCAGAAGCUCGGGCUCCCUGUUGGUGGGGGCGAAACGAGUGAAGGGGGAGCUGAGUCGUGGUUGAAUAUGACGGAGAUUGCUACGGCGCUGGGUGAGCUUGCGUCUACGUAUAGCGCUAAGGAGCGCCAUGAGCUGGCCUUGCCUUUGUACUUGCGUGCGUUGGAAUUGAUCCGCGAAGCGGAAGGUGGCUCGCCGUCCUGUAAGCAGGUUGGCCUGCUUAACAAUGUUGCCAGUGCUAUGGUUGGGCAGGUACAGAACCCGGUUCGGAGCCAGAUGAAGACCACGGCCGAGCAGACUGUUGAGGCAGCCCGGAUGUGGGCCCAGAAGUCUCUUGAUGUGGCUGCCAGGAUUCAGCCACCGGUUCGCGAUGAGGAGUGCGAUAUUAGCUGUGUUGUGGCGACCUACAACUUAGGUGAACUGGCAGAACUCCAGAAGAAACCCAAGGUGGCUCUGGAGCGCUACUUGGAGGCCAAGUCGCUAGCAAGUGGACUUGGGUUUGAAGAAGGCAUCGCUAUGGCGGAUGAGGCCUUGAAGAGACUUGUGAAGAAAUGA